GAAGGUGCCAAAAGCUCCAGGGGAUUUCCCUGCCCUCCGAGAAGAGGCCCAGUUCUUCCCCUGCGUCGGACAUCCCCGAGGUUCUAAGGGCAGGUCAAGGCAGGCAGAAGCUUCAAAAGCUCGGCUGAGGAGGCUACAGCUUCCCGCUGCCUUCUGGCCGCUGCUUCCCUGCAGGGAUGCCGGAGGAAGGUCGCCCUUGCGCCUAUGUUCGCUGGAGCGGGACCGCGUUCCAGCGCCAAUGGCCAUGGCUGCUGCUGGUGUUUAUUGUUGCGAUUUUCUGUUGGUUCCAUUGUAGCGGACUCCUCAGUAAGCAGCAACAGAGGCUGCUGGAGCUACCUCAGCCGCACGUAGCUGAGUUACAGCUGAAUCUCACAGUUCCUCGGAAGGACCCCACACUGCGCUGGGAAGCAGGCCCAGCCUUGGGAAGGUCCUUCACACACGGUCCAGAGCUGGUGAAUGGCCAUCUGCGUAUCCAUCAAGAUGGCCUCUACAGGCUGCAUAUCCAGGUGACACUGGCCAACUGCUCUUCCUCAGGCAGCACCCUGCAGCACAGGACCACCCUGGCUGUGGGCAUCUGCUCCCCCGCUGCGCACAGCAUCAGCUUGCUGCGUGGACGCUUUGGACAGGACUGUACAGUGGCAUUACAGCACCUGACAUACCUGGCUCACGGAGAUGUCCUCUGUACCAACCUCACCCUGCCUCUGCUGCCGUCCCAAAACGCUGAUGAGACUUUCUUUGGAGUUCAGUGGAUACACCCUUGACCACAACUCCAGGAUGGCUUGUGAAUAUUUUUUUUUUCUUUUCAAGUUCUAUGUAUUUAUAAAUGAAUAGUACACAUA